UUGAUUUGCUUCUUCCUCACGAUACGCCAGGGCCUCCUGCCUCAUCAAGCUGGCCUACCCCCACAGCAGGGCCUCCUGCCUCGUCAAGCUGGCCUAACCCGACAGCAGGGCCUCCUGCCUCAUAAAGCCGGCCAAGGUCCACGCCUUCUUAACACCUCAACCACUGAUCGAAUCAUGGUGGGCAAGAAGAUCUCAAUCAAGACGCAGACCGACAACGCAGUCAUUCAAUAUCAUCACAGUACGGUCACGAUCUAUGUACUGAAAAGAUAUUGCAAGAUACUUUUUCAUAUGCUACAGAGGCUUUUCCAUUGUUCUAGUUCACCAGUGUCGUCUCAGGGGAACAUCAAGAGUUUUACUGGCUGUUCGGCAAUUUCCUGUGUGUGGAUCCGCGCUGCUGUUUGCAAUCCUGUUUUUGUUUUUAUCUCUUUGUGUCUUCUACUGUCAUUACCGCCUAACUCACACAUGUCUUAA